AUGGCAGUGAGCAACAACCUGACCGCCAUACUCAACUUCGUUGCCCUGAUGUGCUCCGUCCCCAUCAUCUCGACCGGGUUAUGGCUCGCCUCAAAGCCCGACAACGAGUGCAUCCGCUGGCUCCGCUGGCCCCUUCUCUUCAUCGGCCUCGCUUUCCUCCUCGUAGCCCUCACGGGCUUCGCCGGGGCACGCUGCAAGAACGAGGGCCUCCUCGGCCUUUACCUCGUCUCCAUGUUCAUCCUCAUCGUACUUCUCCUCGUCCUCCUAAUACUUGCCUUCGUUGUCACCCGACCCGAUGGGGCCCACUACGUGCCCGGGGCCGGGUUCAGGGAGUACACGCUCCAGGGCUUCUCGUACUGGCUCAGGGACCAUGUCACGGGGAGCGAUAACUGGGGGGGAAUAAGGGCGUGUUUGGCUGACUCCCACAUAUGCCCCAAUCUCGCCCGGAAAUAUUUUUCGGCCGCCGACUUCUUCGCCGCGCAUCUCUCCCCGAUUGAGUCGGGAUGUUGUAAGCCACCGUUAAUAUGUGGGUUCCAAUACACCGGCCCAACAACAUGGGUGGGCACGUCAAACUUCGCGGCAGAUGCGGAUUGCGCCAUAUGGAACAACGACCCGCGAGAGUUGUGCUACAAUUGUGACUCGUGCAAGGCCGGCCUGCUCGGAAACUUGAGACAAGAAUGGAGGAAAACGUACAUAAUACUCAUUGUUACACUAAUUGUUCUCAUCUUCAUCUACCUCGUGGCUUGUGCUGCUUACAAGAAUGCCCAAAAUGAACUUUUUCGUAGAACCAAAUAG